AAUGUAUAGAACAACUUCAAAAAAUAUGCAAUCACAUGUUUUUGUUUAGAUUUGUUUAUUAAUUUUAUCGGUGUUUUUCUCAAAUCACGUCAUGUUGAGACAAUUUGGUCAUCCUGGAGGCCGAAUAUGCAGUGUGUUUUCUCCUCAAGUGACCAGUGUUCGUGAAAGGAAUAAAUAUCAGGGUAAAAAGGAUAAAAAUUUCGAUACAGUUAAAUGGGAACAUCAAAAUGUACCUUUACAACCCCAUGAAGAUUUUGAACCUGAUGAAUGGUCACCCAGACGAUUAACUUAUUAUCCAGAAGGGCUAUGGUCAUCACUUGUUCCUCGACCAAAGCCGGCUUGGUACGUUGAUAGGAGGAAACCCAUCGAUAUUGAAACACUUAAUCCACGGGAGAAAGAGUGGAACGAUGAACCUAUUUAUCCAGAGAUAAUCCGUGAACCUAAAAUAGCGCAUUUCUUCAAAACAUCAUAUCUUAAUCGAGCCAAAUGGUACAAAGAAUUGUCCAAGAUUCCUGAAAUUGACAGGAAGAAUGUGGAUAUUUGUAAAAUAACGCGUCUUACCAUGCAUUUGGACAGACCUUAUUUCCAAUACUAUGAUGGAGUACAAGUUGCUCAGAAUAUAACUAGGACUCACUUAGUUGACGGCAAAUUACCAGAAUCUUAUUAUCAUAAUGAUGUUGACGAAUCUUUGGUUGUCAAAUUGAAAAGUUUACUACUCGAUUCAAUUAGAGUAAACAAAUAUUCUAAUAGAUCAAAAUCUGCUCACGUAACUAUUGGGUCUGCAUGUAUGAAUGAAGAUUGGGAAAAUCGUAUAAUUGAAAAUAAUUUGCUUCAGGAGAUCAACUAUUCAGUGUCUAAUGUUUUAUUACCCAGUUCACCUCAUCUUUUAGAUUUACAGGUUGACGUUGAAGCUUUUGAUCGAUCUUGGUGGUAUGCCCAUCAGCUUCCGCGCCCUGAAAAAUUCAUGCCGAUGCUCUGGCGUAGCCAGCGAUAUGAAAAAAUUGACCAAUUGAUUACUUAUGGUGCUGUCACACCAUUACAGAUCCGAACCUCAAGUCCUUUACCACGGGUUGUCUCUGGCAAUGAUGAAUUGAGUUCAACUGCAGAUGUGCCCAUUUUGAAUUUUCAUCCAGUGACAUUGGGUUCAAAAAUCACUAGUCGAUAUCCAGUUAUAUUACCCGGUUUUUGGCCUGAACGAAACCACGAUCUUGAAAAAAGUGAACCAAACGAUUUUCCUUACAUGAUGAUGUUUGGUCUUCAUGACCUUGAGACCCGCAAGCGGUUCAAUAACGGUCAAGAUUUCAAAGAUGAAGAAGACGUAGUAAAAUGCAAAGCCAUGUUAGGUUCUUUUGCUUGGUUAAAUGGACUUGCUUUUUAUCAUGGUUUCACACCUUUCCAUGAAAUAACCUAUCCGUUUGUUACUCAAGGUUUAGUUACUGAUGGCCAAAAAUGGCAUUUUUAUGUUUAUCAAAUGAACUCUCACAGUUUUCACAGUGAUCUUUUCACUGGUGAUGGUCCACGAAAUAUUUGUUGGAUAUCUCCGGAAAUGAAGCUUUAUCAAUCUUAUGAAGACGGACAGUUUAUUGGUGUCAAUGAUGAUGUUGUUAAAUAUUUAAUCAAGAUGUAUUCCAAGGUUCCAUGCAAAGAGCCUAAUGUGGAUUAUCGAACAUUUGUUGGUAAAGAUUUGCGAACUGAGGAGGAAAUUAAUGUGGACAGGGCUGUAAUUGGUGAACGUAGCAAUAACAUUCAUGAUAACUGGAUGUGGUCGUAUAAAAAUGCACGCUAUCGGCAACUUUAUCAUAAGUUAUUCGUUGAUAAUCCAGAUUAUGAUACAACAAUGAUGCGAAUAGCUAUGCGUCCAAGAUUGAAACCAGCCGAAGACUAUUAUUACCGUUGGAAAUACUAAUUUAUUAACAGAAAAAUGUUUUGAAAUUUGUAAAAGCGAAAAUAUAUUAGUAUUAAAGUGACCACAUUUGAGUUAGUUAUUGCGUCGAAAGACUUUUAAA